AUCUCAUUUCGUAUCAUCUAAUCCCAUUUCAUUUCUUUCUACUUCAUACCUUAAUCGCUUGCUUAAAUGGCUUCGCCUUUUUUUACAUGAAAUUGGCUGUAAGUUCUAUAUUUCUUUUGCCUGAUGAAUCUAAAUGAAACUAAAAAUUAAACACUAAAAGCAAAACAAAUAAAUUUUAAUAAAUUCAGGUUAUAAGAUUGUGAAACCUCUAACAUAACAUAGUGUAUAUUUUUUAAGUUUUCUAUUACAACCUAAAUUAAUACUAACCAAUUAAAACGUCCCUACGUUCUAUUUCUCAAACAAAAGAAUCAAUAUUUUAUUCAAAUGGGUGAUGAUGACGAAUAUGCCUGUGUCAACAAGACACAGCUGAAAAUAAAAGAUAAUUCUGGAAUUAAGAAGAGAAAGAAAAAGAAAGCCAAAAAAGAAACUGAAAAGAUAGUAGAAAAAGAAAUAAAACAACAAAUCCAGCAACCAACCAAUGUCGAUCGAAGAACCAAAGCCGAGAUUGCAUAUCAAAAUAUGCAGGAAAAAAUGCAAAAACAAAGAAUAUUACAAAAGGCUGAGAUGACACAUAAGCAGAGAGUGGAAAAAUUUAAUCAACACCUUGACAGUUUGACAGAGCACUUUGAUAUUCCAAAAGUUUCUUGGACUAAAUAAAAUCAUGAACAGCAAAGGAUACAAUUUUCUAUUGUAAAUAUGUGAAAAGUACUAACAGACUAAAAUUUCAAAUCAAAUUGCAGCAAAGUUUUUAUAUUUUAUAAUUUUUUUUGGUAAUUAAGAUAACCACUAUAUAUCCUAUAUGUAUUUUUUCCUGUAUUAGUAAUGUAUGCCCAUCUGCUGGAAAUGGCACUCAAGUACCAAACUAACUAGAAUGCCACCAUUCACCGUGAGUCUAGAGAACUGAACUUUGUAUUGUAAUGUUGGGCUUGAACUAGAAUGUGCUGAUCUUGCAGAAAAAGGUCUGUAGUAGGUUAAUUAAUGGUAAUGUUAGUUUUCUCAAGAAUGGCUCAGAAGUACCACUACUCUACAUAGUGAUGUCCAUGAACAAAGGAUAAUACAUACAGGAUAGAAGAGAAAAUGUGAGGACGACAUGGUGAUACAAGCCACAAUAUUCAUGAACAGUGCAACCUUAGUUCCACUGUAUAAAAAGUAAUAAAUGAGUUACUUAUUAUGGAUAUAAGUUUGUGAAAUGUGAAAUAAAAAGUAUUUAUAAUAGU